UAUGUAUGUACGUCCGUCACACUCACUGGUCACUAUAUGUAUGUACGUCCGUCACACUCACUGGUCACUAUAUCUAUGUACGUCCGUCACCGUGUGUACUUACGUCCGUCACACCUCUGUACGGACAAACAAACACACACAAACACUUUCUACUUUUUCGAAUGACCAACUUUUUUUCGUAUGACCAUAGACUUACAGUCAAUGGAAUAUUUAUAAAAAUAUUCUUUGAGAACGUCUUUUUAAGCCGACCGAGUGAAACUCGGAGAGGUUUAUUCUGUUUCACUACAAAAAUUUCUUUUUUCUUUCUUCGUUCUUCCACACCCUACUCUCUGCUUCAAUUCAGCCACUCGAUCAUAGCAUCACUAAUCGUACAGAUUUGUGAAACAGCUAAAGUUAUUUUUUCGAUACAUGUUUUAAUUAUUAAGUAAUGAGUCUCAAAAGUUGAGCAUAUUUUCAAUAACUUUUCUAUGAGAUAAUUAAUUGCCACAUGACACUUCAUAUACAUUCAGUAUGAAUAGUGUAGAGUGAUUCACUAAGUAGUUACGUGUAGGGCUGUGACAGUUACCAUUAUCGUUACAGUAACUGUAAUUGCUGGUCGGUUACCGUUCUUUGUAACGGUAACGUGUAAGCAGUUACCGUACAAGUAACGGUAACGAUCAGUUACAAGUAACGGUAACUGUUCAGUAUCUCUUUCAAGAGUCAAAUCUCUAAAUAUCUAGGUAUCCAGGGUGAGGGUGAAAGUUCGUAGCCUCACCCUCACCCUGGAUACCUAGAUAUUUAGAGAUUUGACUCUUGAAAGAGAUACUGAACAGUUACCAUUACUUGUAACUGAUCGUUACCGUUACUUGUACGGUAACUGCUUAUCCGUUACCGUUACCAAGGACGGGAACUGUUCAGCAGUUACCGUUACCGAGUAACGGUGGUAACGAUAACUGGUAACUGUCACAGCCCUAGUUACGUGCUGCUUAUCAGUCUAUACUUCUGUAUAAUUUGAUGCAUUUAUACUCUGAAACACUAUUAUCGAUAGAAUGCAUCAUAUGUUUACUAUUAGAGCACUGAGAGUAAAAGAGACAUGGUAAUAAUUUUUAAAACUUGUGUCCAGCAACAUCAGAUCAAUAAUGCACUGUCCGUUACUAGUCCAUUCAGUAGCUGUAAACACCGAAUUUAUAUUGAAGUUUGAUCAAUCACAAUUUCACCCCGAAAGUUUACAGCUACUGACAAAAAACCUUCUGCAAACCACAAUAUAAACUUUAAACGGACAAGUCCUAGGACGUUUUCACAAAAUAGUUAAAAAAAACGAAACUGUUCCACACAAAAAAGUGACACGGAUAGUGAUUGUAAGCCUAACGUUGAUGAAUAUAUGGAAGUUCGAAAGUAAUUUAUCAACACUAAGAGGAGAAACGCUUGGGAUCAUUCACGUCAUUCGGGCAGCAUGCGGACAAUUUAACAAAUACAUUUUGCGGUGUAUUAAGCUAUUUUUGAUGAAAUGAGCUGAUAAUUUAGAAAAUGAUCCCUUCAACAAUUUUUAUCGAUAAAAGUUCGAAAGAUUAUUUACAUCAGCCUAGAACUAUUUAUUCGGCAUACUUCGUCAUCGUAUAGAGUAAAACGUUAUAGAGAUAAAUGUACUAGGAAAAAAGUCAAGAUUGUAAUCAUUGAAUCUAAGGACCACUUACACGGUUUGGUAGACCAUACAUUUUUGUUUGAGAUUGUGUACAGCUGAUAUGGGUUAUAUUUUAUUCAGCUGUAUAAAAGUCUAUAAUUCUCAGAGCAUAUUAAUAAUUAUAGGUUGAAUAAUAACUCAUCAAUUCGUUCCGUUCGCCAAGGCUUAACGGAUAAUGGACUAUCGCUGCGCUUUUAUUUGCAUGAUUAUUUGACAUUUCCAUCGAAUCGAAAUUAUCCUGGUAUUGUUGUGUUUACUCAUCAUCACGAUGAAGUGCACACAGCCGCUGAUUUCCAGUUAAUACAACCAGGACAAUUUUAUAUGAUUACUUUCAGGAAAGAGAAUUAUACGAGUCUUGGAGGUUCAUAUGAACGAUGUACAAAUGAAAUGUUGAGCGAUCAAGCUUAUUUAAUGUCAAAAGGUUUCGGUGAAAAUGAUUAUGGUUACGAUCAAUCAUUAUGUGUCAAUCUAUGUGAGUUGAAAUUCAUUUAUCGAGCAUGCGGAUGUGUUCCACUUUUACAUUUUCCAAUAGAAAAAUUAUUAGUUAAUGGUGAACUUAAAUCAGUUUCUUACUGCAACAUAAAUGAUUCUUCCAUUAAUAAUAUCGUAAAAGAACAAAUGGAAAUAUUUCGUUCAACUAAUUAUCAACAAACAUGUCCACAUUGUUUGAAAAAGUGCUCAUCAAGUAAAUACAAUCUCUUCGUUUCGUCAUUACAAGCACCAGCACAUACGCAUAUUGAUCAAUUAGUUAAAGAAGUUGAAAAACUAGCUGCCAAGACUAACAUCUCAUUACCAAAUGAUUUUUAUUCAAACACACUUGAACACUUUAGAAUGAAUUACGUUGAAAUGGUCAUAACUGCAAAAAAUAAUUAUUUUGUUAGCGUCAGCACACAACAACCAGCAUAUACAUUUCCGAUGUUAAUAGCCGACCUUGGAGGAUUUCUCGGAUCGUAA